ACUCUUUCCCAUGGAAGAAAUAAAUUUAAUGAAACGACAAAAAGGCCCAAAAUUAGGACGACAAAAACAAAAAACAGGUUCAAAGUCCGCCUCUCUUCAAAGUCUGUCUCUCACUUAAAACAUCCCAAGAUUAAAAACGCCCCAAGUCAGACGUCACAAUCUGAAGAACACAGAUAAAACACGACCACAAAGAGACGAAAACCCGCAGCAGAAAUGCAAAUUUCUGCAGCCCGUCCUGUGCAGAGCAAACUACAGGAGAGGCUCCUCUUUCUGUUCAAACACUGAAAGUGGAGCUGGUCUGUGUGUAAAACCUCCGGGUGUGGUUUUUUUUUAAAAGACCUCCCGCUGGCCGGGAGCACGCCUGAAGAGCCGACGUGCCUCUGACAGAGCUCACUGCACGGCACAGGAUGAGGAAAUGAAGUGGAGCAAGCCUUUAUUGCCUUGCAAAUAUCCCUGAGCUGAACGCGCCGAGAACCUUUGCCCGCCAGGAUCCGCUCCCAGCCGAUGCCGGACGCUAACAAACUGGGAAGUUGUGCUUUUUUCUACGAAACUGAGUUUUAACUUUUUGGACCGAGAACCAGAGCUGAAAUGGCCGACCCCAGCCCCCCGCCGCCCGUCGCCCCGGGCAACGCCGCCGCCGCCGGCCCCUCGGCCAAGAUGGACCAGGUGCAGAGCCAGGUGAACGAGGUCAAAGUCAUCCUCAAAGACAACAUCAACAAGGUGCUGGAGAGGGGCGACCGGCUGGACGAACUGAUCGGCAAAACCGACGACCUGCAGGCCUCCGCCGACUCUUUCCAAAGGACGUCCACGCGAGUUGCCCGGAAAUACUGGUGGAAGAACGUUAAAAUGAUGAUCAUAAUCGGCGUGGUGGUGCUGAUCGUGCUGAUCCUCAUCAUCCUCGCCGCCACCAACGUCAUAUGAACCCUCGCUUUCGGACUUUAAAGACAAAAGGCGACUCCCCCCUCCCCCAACUCCCUGGGAAAAUAAGUAUGUAAAUUCAAACCGGAGAUGAUUAUCGAUUAAUGAGGUUACUUAGCAAAAAGACUUUGAUAAUGUUAAGGUGGAAAUAGGAGUUUGAGAGAUUCAACUGUUCUGAUGUGAGCUGUCUUUAACACUCCAGCGGUCACAGACACAACGUACAACCACUAAUGAUGCAACACAGCUCCAAGGGAGUGUUUAUUCUUUUUAUUUUGAAGCAUCUAAAUGUCCAAUACAGCUUGUGUGUGUAUAUAUAUAUAUAUAUAUAUAAUGUGUUUAUGACUGCCAAACUCUGUAAUAUCUUGUGUAUAAUGUGACUGAUGACUUAUGAUAAAGAGGGAUAAUGUUGGUAUUGUAAAUGUGAGCGGUUCGUUCCAACAAACACGAGGUUUCAGUUAAGGAGGAAACAAAGCAAAUUCACAGGCAGCCGUUGAAAACAUUAAAUACAAAAACAAAGAACCAAACAAACAAAGAGGAACACAAAAGGCAAAAACUCCAGGCUAACUAAAUGAAUCCAAACCACUGAAAUAGUGGGGUAAAUAUGGGGGAAUGGGAUCCAGGUCACUCCUCCUGUACUGUCUUACGACUAGCUAUGAGAACUCUGUUGCCCCGUCUCUCCGUCCCAACGUUUCCACCAGCGCACGGCAGACUUUCAUCGCUCUGAUGCCUAUGGAAAACAAACAAACACAAAUCAGCUAUAGACUAAAACCACACCGUCCAAUUUCUAAAAGAAAAUGAGGAAUCCCCUUUGUUUUUUUACGUCCAGUGUAGUAAAAAGAAUAAAAAAAACAAACUGAGAACAAUUAUUUUAACACUUUACAGAUUAAAGAGUUGGGAAGUUAAAACUAGAGAUCCUGAAGUGUCAUAAACUGAAGAGGUCAAAGCCAAAAUACUAAAUGGAAGGAACCUUUGGAUUGGUCAAAGUACACGUUAAAGAAGGCAUUACAUGCAAAAAACUCUGCAAAUGUGGCGACACUUAGAUUCUCCUUGUUUUACCAAAGGUUGUAAGAGGAAAAUGUGUUACAAGAAAAUUAACAAAAGAGGAGUCUUUUCCAUCGCUGUCAGUAACACAAAACAGAAAAAAUACAAUUACACAAAGUAAAGCACUUUAUCCCCCAUCACAGUAGAGUCCAAAAUCGAACCAUGUUUAAGCUCUGGGACUACUGGCUAAAUAAAGAAACAAGCAUUUUAGGUAAGAUUAGGAGUGCAUAAAUUUACAUUGGGAACUGGAAAGUCCAGAGAAAGCUGUACAUCUCCUUUGAAAAGCAAAUAGUUAUUUUUUUACAUACUUAUAAAUCAUUACUUGUGGGGGGGGUAAGGGCCUGUAAAAAAUGACAAUUACAUGUGUAUAUUUUUAAGUCUUACAUUACAAAAAACAGUUGCAAAGAAAUUAAAAAUGGAAAGAAAGAUGACAAAGCUGGACGUGUCCCAUAUUGUUUAGUUUAGAAAUGCUGAUACAGGAUGUUGUAAGACCAUACCAAAUGGCAGCAUUCGAGAGCGUAUGCUUCUCGUACCCGGUCCGCAUUGAGCGGGCCCUGAGAGUAUCUGGGAGUCAGCUCAUGGCCUGCAAGGAAGCUCCGCUGGCAGGUACAAACAAGGUAUGUCAGAGUUAGGAGACAACAUACUUCCUUUUCUGUUUCCUUUGCACAUCCUUAACUUUGGCAUCCAUUUACUGUAGUAGCAGUACUUUACCUGUUAACUUUACAGUUUAAAAAAAAAAAAAAAAAAAAAAGAGAAGGUGCAAAAAGAGGCAGCAGAAGGCCGGCUGUUAAAGAUAAUCGCCACAAAACAGCGUAGCGUCUAUGUUACCACUACUGAAAAGCACUUGAGGGUGCUGAGAGAAAGAAAUUUACAUGAGAACAAAAAAAAAAAAAAUUACACAAAAUGUAAACAAAACACCAAAGUUAAUGUAACUACUUUAAGUUUAAGCCAAGAGGUGGAUUUUUGUGCCCACGUACCGACUGCAGAGGGGAGGCUGUCCUGCGUUAGUACGGCU